GCCCAUUCUUUGCCCGUACUGAUUAGAGUAAUGACCCCUAGUUAAUAUCCUGCUGAAGACAAAUGAAACUCUACCUGAGUGUCCUGUUCUGGAAAUGUGUAAUGUGGAUGUGGUGCAAACGCAAUCAGAAUUUGGAGAGAAACCCAAGCGCUAGAAGAUUGGCUUUAAUCGGUGGUGAAAGACCAUGACAUGUAGUCUAACUCGUGUGGGAAUGCGUUUGAAUGAAUUGGAAGGUGUUUGUUAAAUAUCCCGUUGAAGACAAAUCAACAGAUAUAAAGUAACUGCCCGCAGUUAUCUGGUAUUUCUGCUUUCUACUCAACCAUUUAGAUAGAGACUGGUGUUUAGCAGUGUAAUUGAGGUUGUUGUAUGAAGCAGCUGAAUACGUGUUAUUUUUGUAGACUGUGGUGCUGGAAUUGGACGAGUUAGUAAACAUGUCCUUCUACCCACAUUUGACGCUGUGGAUCUUGUUGAAAUGAACCCGCGUUUUUUGGAGAAAUCAAAGUCAUACUUGGGACGGGCCGCUGCCAAGGUGGGGAGUUACUAUUGCUGUGGACUACAGUCAUUUACACCCAAGAUUGGUCAUUAUGAUGUCAUUUGGUGUCAAUGGGUACUUGCUCAUCUUACAGAUGAGGAUUUGAUAUCUUUUGUCAAACGUUGUCAAGAAGGGCUUACAACCGUGGGUAUCAUUAUAGUUAAAGAAAAUGUGACCACAGAAGGUAAGGACUACGACCACGUUGACAGCAGCGUAGCAAGGUCAGCGGAAAUUUUUAGGCAAUUGUUUACUGCUGCGGGUCUUAGAGUAGUACAGGAAGACAAACAGCUAGGAUUUCCAGAGCAGAUGUAUGACGUGAAUAUGUGGGCUCUGAGAUGAGUUGGAGUUAGAAUCGUGUGCAAAAUGAUAUUGUAAUUUAUAGAUAAUUGCUGCCAGAGUAACAGAUGUAGCAUUUAUAGCAGUACUCCACGACCUGCUUGUACAUAUAUACCCAUGCAGUUUGUUGUGUCUACUUCAGUUACAGACUAGGGUCACAAGAAAGUAAAAUAGGCUUUUUUGUUUUGUACUUUGUAUGCCGAACUAGCAUGGAAUAUUCUGAUAAAUGGCA